AUGGCAACUUCUGCUGCAACUGGAGACAAGUACAGGGAUUAUUUGACUGAAGAGGAUAUCAAGAACACCAAAUGGAAUUUUGGUCCUCCAAACUAUGAUGUUGUAAAUAAGCUCUUUGAAGAAGGGAGAACUAAUAUAUGGCCCGAAGGAUCGCCUGAAGAGAAAGUACAGAGGCUUGUGAAGACAUGGGAAAUGGAACUGGUAAACAAGGCAGAUCCAAAUCAGUACAAGACCCUUGAUGCAAAGAAAUUCAAACUUGGUGUCAAUGGUAGAAAAUUUUUGACAUUGGAAGAAAUAGUUAAGGUUGGGGGAAGCUACAAUGUGUUUCUUCAGACAUCCUUGCCGCCAUCUUUGAGGUUCUAUGAUCCUGAGGAGGAAACAGCUGAUUCAUCACAAACACUUUUCAAAACAACAUUCCCACGUGGAUUUGCUGUGGAGAUUCUUGAAGUGUAUUCAGGACCUCCUAAAACUGUGUACAAAUUUAGGCAUUGGGGUUUCAUGGAGGGCCCUUUUAAAGGGCAUGCUCCUACUGGAGAAAAAGUGGAAUUUUUUGGGAUGGCCAUUUUUGAGUUGGAUGAAAACUCCAAGGUUGUGCAGAUAUGGCCGGUUGGAUCACUUGAAGAGAAAGUGCAGAGGCUUGUGAAGACAUGGGAGAUGGAAUUGGUACACAAGGCAGAUCCAGAUGAGUACAAGACCGUUGAUGCAGAGAAGUUCAAAUUUGGCGUCAAUGGUAGAAAAUUUUUCACAUUGGCGGAAAUUAUAAAUAUUGGGGGAGGUUAUAAUGCAUUUCUUCAGACAUCCUUGCCAAAAUCUUUGAGACUCUACAAUUCUGAGGAGGAAACAGCUGGUUCAUCACAAACACUUUUCAAAACAACAUUCCCACGUGGAUUUGUAAUUGAAAUUCUUCAAGUGUAUUCAGGACCUCCUGUGAUUGUGUAUAAAUUUAGGCACUGGGGUUUCAUGGAGGGCCCUUUUAAAGGGCAUGCUCCUACUGGAGAAAAGGUUGAAUUCUUUGGAAUGGCCAUUUUUGAGUUGGAUGAACACUCCAAGAUUGUGAAGGUGGAGUUCUUUUAUGACCGUGGAGAGCUGCUGGCAGGUCUGAUUAAGGGCAAAAACUCCAAUGAAUCUACUGAGGAGACACCUUCAGGCUGCCCCUUCAUCUCUAGCUAA